AAAAUUCAACAACCAGCUGACACAGUGAAACUUCUCUUCCUUUAGUUCUAAGCCAAUUGAAUAUCUUUUAUUUCAUGAUCACCAGCAUUUGUUGCCCAUUCCUUGUUGUUUUAAUGGUGUAGGGGCAGGUUGAAGCUACACUACUAUAUAGAAGCUUAUCCUCCUUCAUGGCUAGCAAGGGUGACUCACCAGAAAAUUUUAAUGUGCCCUUGGAUAUUAGAAGAAAGAAGAUCAGUGGGCAGCAAAAGAGAGAGGCACUUGAAAGAGAGUUGAUAAACCCAUAUAGGUUUCUGCCCUUCAAAAAAUGCUGAAACAAGAAGAGAAGGUGCAUGAAAUUUUGGAGCAUUUGCAGAACAAAGGUGAUCAUGGCUCUGGGAUCUCUAUCCCAAACUUCCUUCCUCCCAAGGCAAAGGAGCUUUUAGCAGAAUUAGCUAUGGUUGAAAGUGAGAUAGUUCGACUGGAAUCCCAAAUAAGCCAACUUCAAAAAGGGUUGAAACGUGAACAGGAAAUUGCAAAAGAGACAAAACCAAAAAAAUGGCAACCUGGAAGUAGUGUAAACAAUCUCCAAAACCAUUUAUGGAGUACCACCAUGCCAAGCCCUUUAAAUAGAGGCAUUAUUCAAGAGAAGAUGGCAUUUGAGACCAAAGCAUUGCAUUUCAUAAGUAAAGCAAUUAAAGGUGACUAUAAUCUUAAUGAUUUCACUCUCAAUGAGAAAAUGGGAAGCUCCAGAGUAUUUCCUGACCUGAAAGAAAAUCAAUUCCAUGAGGAAAUCAAAUUUCAAGAAAGGAUUCCAAGAAAAAGUGGGAUGCUCAAGUCUCCUUCACCUUUGCGAGACCCCAGACAUCCAUCACCCAGGCCAAGAGAGAAGAAUGUGGAAUUCUGCUUGGACCACUUACCAAAAUCACUGUCCAAUGCAAUUCUAUCAGAAGAGAACAAUAACCAGCAAUGCCAGCCCAACAAGCUAUCUGAGAACAUCAUCAAGUGUUUGAACUUUAUAUAUGCUAGGUUGCUAAGAACAUCAAGAACAAUGGAACUUGAGAAGUCAGGCCCCAUUUCAAGGUCUCUGCAAGCUUCUUUAAUAUCAAGAAGUUUCAGAACUGAUACAAGUUCAAACACCAAGUCAAACCUUGUGUUACAAAAGGAAUCAAGACAACAGGACCCAUAUGGCAUCUUUGAUAUGGAAGAGUCCAUUCCAAGGGAUAUUGGCCCUUACAAGAACUUGAUUAUUUUCACAUCAAGCUCUAUGGACCCAAAAUUCAUUUCAAGUUCUAGUUCUAUUCCUCUGCUAAGAAGGUUAAGGGUCUUAAUGAACAAUCUGCAGACUGUGGACUUGAGAUUCUUGACCUACCAACAGAAACUAGCCUUCUGGAUCAACAUGUACAAUGCUUGUAUCAUGCAUGGAUUUCUCCAGUAUGGAGUGCCUUCAUCUCCUGAAAAAUUGUUCACGUUGAUGAACAAGGCAACACUAGACAUUGGUGGGAACACAAUCAAUGCUCAGGCAAUAGAGCAGUAUAUUUUGAGGAAGCCAACAUCUUCCAGCAAGGUUAAUCAAAAGAAUGAUAAGGAUGAUAAAGAAGCCCUUGUUCGUAAACUUUACGGCCUCGAAUCGAUGGAUCCUAACGUCACAUUUGCUCUUUGCUGUGGAACACGUUCUUCUCCAGCUGUGAGAGUAUAUACAGCUGAUGGUGUUAUGGCUGAAUUGGAGAAAUCCAAGCUAGAGUACUUGCAAGCCUCAAUUGUGGUGACUAGCACAAAAAGAAUUGCAUUCCCAGAUCUUCUGCUUAGAAACAUGCUUGAUUUUGCCUUGGACACAAACUCAUUAGUGGAAUGGGUUUGCCAUCAGUUGCCUACAUCUGGGACAUUGAGGAAAUCAAUAGUGGAUUGCUUCAGGGGCCAUAACAGUGGCAAAAUAACCAGCAUUUCUGUUGAGAAGAUACCAUAUGACUUUGAGUUCCAGUAUCUGUUGGCAAUAUAGACUUUCACUAACAUAUUUCCAAGUUUUUUUUUUCUCCAUAUGUUGCUGAAUCCAUAUUUUGUUGAAAGAUGAACAAGGAGAAUAAUGAGAAAAGUCACAUUGCUUGAACUAAUAAACUUUCUAAAACACUCUGACUUUGCUAAUAUUCUAUUGGAGGCUUCAUAUAUGUAUCAUUUACAUUGUACAUAGUGAGUGACCAUAAAGAAAUGAGAGUUGGCAUUGGAGUGUAAUUUUUAUUGAA